UUUUUCCUUUGGGAGUAUUUCAAUCGUAAAAGUCGAUGAUGAUUUUUCAUACAAUUUUAGUGAUGGUUUUAUAUUCAAAUCUUGUAUCAUCAACAGACAUCGAAGAUUCAACAGAACAAUACGAAAGAGUUGCUAAAGGCUCUCCUGUUCCCGAAGGCGCAUAUCCUUUCUUCGUUUCUAUCCAAAAACCAGAUCCCAAUAGCACAACGGGAUACACGCACAGAUGUGGUGGAUCCUUAAUAUCAGCACAAUUCGUGGUAACAGCAGCUCAUUGUCUUGUAGAUACUGAGCAUGUUCGUGAAUAUCGUGUUUUACCCAACUAUCGAAAUACACCGUUUAUUCAUCCAACCGAUCGGACAUUCAAAAUCCCGUAUCAUGUGAUCCAUCCAGGUUACAAUCUUACAGGUCCAAAAAAUAUCAAACAUGACAUCGCUGUUUUACUGUUGGACCAACCUGAUCCUCGGCCUAAUGCAAUUAUUAGACUACCCUUUGUUGAAAUUCCUCUUCAGGAACCAGUUACAUUGAUCGGCUUUGGUAAAAUUGAAACCCAAGCUUAUCCGGGCGCAUUGCGAUCAGCAGUUUUAUUCAGAAAGUCUGAUCAAGAGUGUGUGGCUGAAAAUAAAGGGAUACAUUACUUUCCAGUUUUCAAUCUUUGUACUUCUAAUGUCAAUGGAUCCGGUUCAUGUUUUGGUGACUCAGGUGGACCUUUGUUUUUGACAGUAGAUAACAUUCAUUAUAUCCAAGGUGUUGUUGCUAGUUCAUAUCCGCCCUGUGGAUCGUAUCAUAUAACUAAUUUCGCAAGUGUUUUUGGACAUAUGGAUUUCAUUCAUCAGGCUAUUUCAUAUUUAAAUUUUUUUAAUCAAAUUUCAAAUCAACAUAAUAAAGGCCAAUUUCAAAUGAAGGAAGUGAAGGAAAUGCAAAAUAAAGAGUAAAAGUAGGAAA